UUUUUCUUAAGAAAUGGCAUUUAAGAGCAUAUUACUAGUUGGUAUCAUUUUACUUGUGUCAUGGUGUGCAUACUAUAUUCAAACAUUUCUUAGUAUUCGCCAUAUACCUGAAGUAAAUGACGAUGUUUGUUGGGGCAACGAGUGUAAAAAAGACACAAACAUAUAUCCAUUCCGGAUCACUGUACCAAAACGGGAUAUAGAUGAUCUUCUUUUAAGACUGAACAACACCAGAGAAUUUAUACCUCCGUUGGAGAAUACUCAAACGCAGUACGGUUUGAAUGGGAAAGUUAUACAAACUUUACUUAAUUUUAUCAAGAAUGAAUAUAAUUUUACUGAACGACAAAAUUAUCUUAAUAGUUUACCACAGUUUAAGACCAAUAUACAAGGUAUCAACGUUCAUUUUAUACACAUUAGAUCUAAGAGACAAGCAAAUGUUCCAGUUGUUCCAAUAUUAAUGUUACACGGAUGGCCAAGUUCCGUUACAGAAUUUUAUGAGUCCAUACCAAAAUUGACUUCAAAAGAAUAUCGAGAUAAAUUCUCAAUAGAGUUAGUUAUACCUUCUCUCAUAGGAUUUGGGUAUUCUGAUGGAGCGUCCAAACCAGGCUUCGGUGCUGCUCAUAGCGCAAACAUAAUGCGCCUUCUUAUGAACCGUUUAGGUUAUAAUAAGUUUGUAGUACACGGGAGCGAUUGGGGCGCAGUCACAAUCACAGCUUUAGCUACACUAUAUCCCGAUUCAGUAAUCGGAUUACAUUCAAACUUUUGUUUCUCUUUGAGAACUGUUACUAUUCUUAAAACAUUACUAGGAACCGUAUGGCCACGAGGUUUUGUGGAAAACAAAUACGAAGAGAAAAUAUAUCCAUUUUUGAAUCAGUUACGGUUCCUUUUUUACGAAGGAGCUUAUUUCCAUUUAUUUGGAACAAAGCCAGAUACUGUUGGUAAUAUUCUUGACAGCAGUCCACUGGCCUUAAUCACUUACAGUUUUGAGAAGUUAUCAGUUGGUUCGAAUAGAACUAAUGUGUUCUCGUCUACAGCUGGAUUAGAACAAUUAGAUUUGACCAUUUUUAUUGAUUCAAUUCUGUUUUACUAUUGGUUUCCACAGAAAUCUACAACAGCUGCCAGAUAUUAUUGUGAGAAUAUGACAGUGAGGGGAUUGAAAAUUGGUUUACACAAUAUUCCAAUCGAUAAAAAGAUACCAUGUGCUUGUGCUUAUUUCGAAAACGAAAUUCUCUAUCAACCAGAAGAAUUCCUCCGUGAUAAAUACCCAAAUAUAAUCCAGUAUAAUACUUAUCCAUCAAUAGGACAUUUUGCAGCUAUAGAAAAUAAUAAAAUUUUAACUGAAGAUAUUAUGUCGUUUGUAAUAAAAUUGUAUGAUUCAAAAUUAUUUUGAUGAAAAAUUGUGUAAAUUAUGAGCAGAAAAAAUUUGUGUAAAAAUAUAUUAUUAUACAUACUUUCCC